CCCCUAGGGAUGUUGGUUAUCCACUACUGCCCAUAGCUCUCUCCUGUCUGCCCAGUCUGGGCCUCCUCAGUCAAUGUAAUCCAUCCGCCUCUCCAGCCCCCUGAUCUUUUGGGCCCACUUGGCUCCCCAAGGCCUCUAGGACACCCUCCUUCUGCCAUGACAUAUCAAGACUCUCUUUGAAGAGUGAGAAGAUCUUGAGAGCAUGUUCAUCUUUAUCAAACAUGGAGAUAAUCAGCGGUUUCUGGCCAACAUUAACUGUUCUGUCCUUCUGCUGCUGCAUUAUGCCCGCUGUAAAGUGGGGUUGCCUAUAACAGACACCAUUGAUUUAUGUGAUGAAACGGGGACAGUGAAGUUGCUUUUUCUGAUGAAGACUCCUGGAAACUAUGCCAACAAAUUCCUUACAGCUCGAAACACCUACUACGUUUGUAAGGUGGAGUGUGGGGCACCAGGAGAUGGAUUUGAGAAUGCCUACAAAUCAUUUGUGCCCCUCCUGAAGAACCCAGAACCCAAGCUUGUUGAUGCCUUGAGUACACAAUGUGACCUCCUGGAGAGAAGUCGAUCGAAAAUGUUUAGAAUCCAAGAAUCCAAGAAAGUCGUUCCAACUGAAUCCUCCAUGAACCUCCCAUCCAAAUCAUCAGGACGAUCAGAUGAAGAGGGGACCACUCGUAGGGCUCCGGUCUUGAAGACCAGAGCGGAUUUUGUCAGUAAGCGAGAUAAACAUCGCUAACAAAAUAAAGUGACCAAGUGAGAGCUGCAAUGAAA